UCAUCACCUUCUUCGGUUUCAACCAAUGAAGUUAAAAUCAUCAUUUUCACCCCCACCCUUACCCUUUUCUUCUUCAAUUAAUAAUUAUUUUUCCAAUCUCUCUUUUUUGAUCCUUUUAAUAUAUAUUCUAAUUUUAUGUCCAUUUUCUCCUAUAAUGACAAUAAAAGGAGGCACAAGCCAGGCCUGUGCAGCCUGCAAAUACCAAAGACGAAGGUGUUCCAAGGAAUGCGCUCUUGCUCCAUAUUUCCCGGCUGAAAAGGCCAAAGAGUUUCAGAACGCUCACCGUCUGUUCGGGGUGCGCAACAUAAUGAACAUAUUAAAACAAGUCCCUCCACAACAUAAAGAAGAUGCAAUGACUUCAAUAAUAUUCGAGUCCGAUAUGCGCGCUCAAUACCCUGUUCGUGGCUGUAUGGGUAUUAUUUCACAACUCCAUUUGCAGCUCCAACAAUCAAUUGAAGAACUCCGAUUGGUACAGACGAAGCUCGCAAUUUGCAAAGAGCAGUGCCAAUAUCAAAUCCCUCUCUCACCAUCUAAUUUUUUGCCACAGUUGCAUCUUGGAAUGAAUUCCAAAAACGAUGCACUUCCAAUUCACCACCAUCCACAAUACAAUUGUGUUGGCGGUGAAAUGGCAAUUGAAUUCUUGGGAAACAAUGGAAUUGCGACCACGACAUCGAUGACGAAUACGAUAAUGAAUGGGAUUUAUAUUGAAGCGGAGGAUAAUAAUAUGGUCAAACCUUUGAGGAACCAAAGCCCAUAUUAUUGCAUUGAUUCUAUUCAACAAAAUAAUAACCUGUUUGCAUCAUCACAACAAGGUUACCCUAUUCAGCAAGAACUUGAUGUUUCUCAUUAUGAUGAUAUACCGUUUGAUACUAUUGCUGAUGACAGACAAUCUUAUAUAGAGUCUAAGGAAGCAUGCGAGUCAAGUGCGGAAUCAGCGCUCAAGGACAAUACACAGAUUAUGGAACAUGUUUCACAGACAGAGUUGAAGAAUGCUGCAGCAUGUUUCAGUCUAACCAGUGUCAAAUGAAAACAAAUUCCAAAGUUGGAGAGUUUGAUUUUUUUUUCUUUUUUGGCUACGAUGAUGAUUUUUCAUUGUUUCAUAUACAAUUUUUUACAGAACAAAAAAACAAAAAAAAAUAAAAUAAAAUUUUGAAAUUUUGAUGAAUUCUUUUAGUGUAAUA